AUGUGGAAUGAGACAGAUGAUUGUUGCAAAUGGGCCUGCGUGGGAUGUGAUGACUCUGGCCGCGUUAUCAGUUUGUACUUCUACCGUGAGGGCAUCACCGGCCGAAUAAGUGAGUCAUCAAGCCUCUUCUGGUUGACAUACUUGUCGAGGCUUCAGCUCACAUACAAUGACUUCACCACAGGUGAGAUUCCUAACCAAUUCCACCGCCUCCCAUAUUUGGCAUACCUUGAUUUGACAAGCUCUAGUUUCAUGGGACCGAUUCCAUCGACACUGGCCAAUCUAACAGAGCUAGAUGAACUCUACUUAUCAGGAAACUUUCUCACUGGUUCAAUUCCUUCAUUUCAUAAAUGCAAGAAUCUUGAAUCAAUAGACCUUAGUGAUAAUAAUCUAAUGGGCUCACUAUCUCACUUGCAUUUUCAAGGUCUCACAAACCUCUUUUAUUUACGUUUAAGCCACAAUUCAAUGAACGGCACCAUUCCUCACCAUCUUUUUGUCCUGCCUUCAAUUCGUACGCUUCUUCUAUACAACAACCAAUUCAAUGGACAAAUUGAAGAAUUUCCAAUUGAAAACCAACCUAGCCUUGAUUGGCUCGAUUUGAGUGGUAAUAGGAUAGGAGGUCCUAUUCCUAACUGCUUCUUCCACUUUCAAAACAUAAGCCACAAUUCAUUGAACGGCACCAUUCCUCACCAUCUUUUUGUCCUGCCUUCAAUUCGUACGCUUCUUCUAUACAACAACCAAUUCAAUGGACAAAUUGAAGAAUUUCCAAUUGAAAACCAGCCUAGCCUUGAUUGGCUCGAUUUGAGUGGUAAUAGGAUAGGAGGUCCUAUUCCUAACUGCUUCUUCCACUUUCAAAACAUAUCAUGGCUCACUCUUUCUAACAACUUGUUCAAUGGCACUUUCAAACUGCAUAAGAUUCGAAGUUUUCCUCGUCUUUGGGAUCUUACUCUUUCUAACAACAACUUGUCAGUUGACAUAACCAACAUGAGUUCAAGUUUGCAUCGAUAUCCCGAUUUAAAUGGGUUAGGCCUCUCUUCCUGCAAUCUGUACAAUUUUCCAGAUCUUAGGAAUGGAUCAUAUUUGACAAUUUUUGACCUCUCAAACAAUUAUAUAGGAGGGAAUAUUCCUAGGUGGAUAUGGGAGAAACAAAUUAUGAUCAUGAACCUUUCGCUUAAUCUUCUGACUGGUUUGCAAAAGCCUUACCAUAUACCUCAUACAGUUACAACCCUUGACUUGCACUCUAACGCGUUGAGCUUUGAGUUUCGCUUUCUUUCACUAUUAAACCUAUCUGAUUAUUCCGUACGGAGAUUCUUUUCUCUUUCGGAAAAUAGCCUAACCGGAGUAAUUCCAAUUUCCAUCUGCAUUAUACCUCAACUUGUGGUUCUCGACUUGUCUUUCAGUAACUUAACUGGUAGCAUACCUCACUGCCUAUUGGAAGAAAGUUAUUACCUUGAGGUGCUAAAUUUUAGGGGAAACAACAUCAAUGGUGUUAUCCCUGAUGCAAAUUUCCAACGGUGUGUCCUGAAAACCUUUGAUGAAGCAACGAUUCCAGUGAUAGUUUUCCUUGCAUGGGCGCUGCCAGUGAGCUUGAAGGUUCUUGUGUUGCGCUCGAACAGAUUUCAUGGGGAAUUGACAUGCAAUAAAAGUUGGCCAAAUCUUCAGAUUUUGGAUAUAUCUUCAAAUGAUUUCAGUGGCAAUUUGGAUUCACUAAACUUCUCAAGCUGGAGCGGAAUGAUGCUACAGAGUCAAGCACAUUCAAGGCCUAGGCGUUCAAACUCUGAUUUUCUAGGAAUCGCUUAUUACUACCGGGAUGAGGUGGUAUUAACUGUCAAAGGAGUUGAGGUGAAGCUUGUGAAGAUUUGGCCCGACUUUACAUCCAUUGAUUUGUCGUCCAAUCAUUUUCGAGGACAAUACCAGAUGCAAUUGGUAAUCUCACCUCACUCUAUCUUCUCAACUUAUCCCACAACUCUCUCACUGAUGCAAUCCCAAGAUCAUUGGGUGCCUUGGCAGAGCUUGGGUUGCUCGACCUCUCUUCAAACAAGCUCACCGGAAGAAUACCAGAAGAGCUCACAAAACUCGAUUUCCUAUCAUUCUCGAAUGUGUCUUACAAUCAUCUCACUGGACCGAUCCCAACCAGCAGCCACUUUCAAACGUUUUCAGCAGAUUCAUUUGAAGGAAACGCGGGGUUAUCUGGCUACCCACUCAACGGAAGUUUCAACAACCCUCAUCCACCUGGUCCAUCACCAUCACAGGAUUGAGUGGGGAUAUGUGUUUGUUGCUUCUGGUUAUGUUGUGGGAAUAGCAAGCGUCGCAUGGACACUGUUAUGUUGCAGAAGCUUGAGAGAAAGAUACUUCGAGAAGAUAGAGGAGAUUGCAGACAAGAUAUUCUACGAGAGAGGAUGA